AUUGAUGGGGUCUGUAAUCUCAUAGCUAGUACUUCAGAAGACACAUUGCGAGGGUUUAUAGGUGCCUCUGCUUCUUGGCAGCAGUGAGAAGAUCUUGUCCAAGGGAAUUCAGAAUUAAAAAGCAACUACAUGUCUAUCAGAGAUGAUAAUGCCAGCCCAGUAACUCAGAAGGCAUGGAAGAGGCACAGAUCCUGAAUACUGGCACAAAAAGAGAGAGACAGCUUUGUGAAAGGAACUACUAAACAGAAGGGAGGAAACAGAACAGCAGACCUAUGUGUGUCAUGCUUCCUCUAACUUUCACCCUCUAACUAUUUAAAUCACACUUCUACCACACUCUCAGCAAUUACUACAUUAAUAUCGGUUUCUUUUUUAUAAGAAAGCCCUAGUCUAAAAAACAGCAAAAUAAACAAACCAUUGUAGAUAAGGAUUAUAUUUAUUAUCUUCACUUUCUGAAAGACCUGUAUAAUAUAAUCUCGUAUAAAUAUCCUCUUAAGUUCAUGUUUGUCUUGCCACAACUUGCACUGAGCAAUUUUCCCUCCCCUGGAACACUGCCUACGUGCCUACUACAGUCAGAGUCAGAUUUUUGGAAAUGUUGCUUAACCAUGCACCCAUAAAAACACCCACACAGACACACCACUCCUACUUCCAUUUUAAAAUGAAGUUUAAAAGAAAAUGGUAUGAAGCAAACCACAAACACAGAUGCUGUAAAAAUAAUAACCCCAGCCCAACAAGCUUCUAGCUUGAGUCAGUGUUAGUACUUCUUAUAAUGCAACAGAUAACACAUAGGGCUGUAGUUUGGACUAAAUAUGUCUCUAUCAUUUUUUUCAAAGAGCUGUUUACUUUCCCUGCCCCACAGCUUUCUUCUGAAGGAAAAACAUCAGGAGGCUGAUGCAGAAGCACCAACUGUUCGUGCUGUUGAGAUGUCCUGUAUUCCGUUAUUAAUGGAAUGUUCCAGCUCUGAGGUACAGGGAGCCACAGAAACGAGGAAUAAUGAUGCUACCUCCAGAUUUGUGGUUCCUCUUUCUCAUGGUAAUGAAAGCAAAGAGUCAAAAUCUGUUCAAAGAAAGAGAGUGCUUCCAUCUUGGAUGCUGGAAAGAGACCUUGUGGUGCAGAGGGUUUCCAGGCCUGUUAUGACAGGAGGUAGUAGAAAGAAAAAAGGCCAAGGAAGGGGAGAAGGUAAUAUAGAGUCAUUAAAAUCAGAAGUACAUGUACAGCAGAAGAAAAGAUUAGCUUCUGAAGAAACUACAGAGGAUUUUGAAGGUGGAGAGCAAGAUCAAGGGAAAAGAAGCUGCCUUUCCAUCCCUGUUCCUUCAUCUCAGAAUACAUCUAGAUUUCCUCUUGAGACUACCAUGAGAGAUAUGGAAGGAAGUGGCAAGAUUGGAACAAAGAACCCUGGAGAUUCUCUGGAAAAAAAAGAUAGGCAGCUGCAUAGCAAAAGAGUAGGUCAGAUCUCCAGUAAAGACAACAGAAUUGAGGAAACAGAAAACAAAGAGCACGUUGCUGGUUCUACAAGCCGACAAGCUCACUGGGACAGGACUUCCCAAUAUCUUGGUGCCCAGGAAGGGAUUCUUGAGCCUGAUGCAAAUCUGGACUGCAGCACUGAGAUUUCUGAUUCAGCCAGAAGUGCAGAUGCUUCAGAAAGCUCCAAACAGGUGCAGCAUAAGAGGAUACCUUGCAAGUAUGGAAGUGGCUGUUACAGGAAGAAUCCCAUUCACUUCCAGCAGUUCAGUCAUCCUAAUGAUGAUGACUAUCACGACAUGGGGAUAGUGGCUCAGGGUGACGAUGACAGCCGGCCUGAGUGUCCAUAUGGAACAGCUUGUUAUAGGAAGAACCCCCAGCACAAGCUAGAAUACAAGCACAGUGCACCUCCAGUAGCUGGAAGAGGAACACGGCAACGAGCUUCAAGCAAUGGAAAAAGGGCUGUGAAGAAGGACAGUGUCAAUGAUGGUGAAGCCAAUGACUGUGACCUCAAUGACCACUUUACAGAUGAGGAGGAGGAGGAGGAGUGUGAAGCUACUGAUGAAGACUCGGACUGGGAACCAAGUUCAGAAGAAAAGGAUAACGAAGAUGUUGACACACGUGUGCAAGAAACACGUAGAUUUGUUAGGAUCAAAAAAUAGCUGCUGAGAACAGCCUUAUAAAUGUUCAGUGUGGUUAUGUUAAAACAUGGUUGCACAAAGGAGAGGAAUUGUUUGAAAAUUUUUUUCUUCAUGAUAUAGGCAAUACAGGAAGAUAAUAAUGGGGAUGAGAGGAUUCUGCAAUGCCUUUCUUAUCCAUGUGUAUUAUUUUGGGACUGUUGUGGUGUUUAUUUUAUUAAGUUGUGGAUCCAGAGGAUAAAGCUCUGAAAAUUUUCAGGUUUUUCUCUUUUUUUUUUUUUUUGCAACGCCAUUGGUAUCUUGUAUUUUGAAAUACAGUUCUAAAGGUUGUUAAAACUUCAUCUUCCUGUGCUUGAAAGAAAUAUUGGUAGGAAAGCCUAAGCCAUUUUUAUUGUUGAGUUAGUGCAGUUUUAAAACUUCAUUAUUCUUCUUCUGUCUUUCCCAGGUGUUGUUUUGUUGGUUCUCUUGGGGUACAGUAGUCAAAUACAGGUUAUCUAAAUCACUUGAGAACAGGAUCUCAAUGUAUUGAACCACUUCGCUCUAAUUACAAUAGUGCCUCUUUUUGUGUACAUUACUGGAACUGUUUCCAAUUCUCAGCAAAGUCUUGGUGUCUGUAUUUUUGCACAUUUAAACCUGUAACAUACAGUGGGAAAAGCACAUAACCGUGACUCUGAUUUCUAAAGAUGUUGGAAGAUCUUGCCUUCAGUGUGUUCAUCACUCCUCUGAGCUUCCUGGAAAGGUUUUACUAUGUUUUGGGACAGAUGACUGGAGCCCUGUGAAUUUGGCACCUUUUUUGGUCAAAGUCCUGAAGUUCAGCAGGGGAAGCAUUCUAGUAUGGCUUCAAGUAGACAUCCAAAUGCACAUCAGCUAGUUUUACGGACUUUUCAGGAGGACUUUGUGGAUGUGCUCUCUACAACUCCAGUGCCCUGGUUUUUGACUGAGCUUGUGUGCUUGUCUUGUUGUGAAGAGGGUCGUCUUACAGGAAAAACUGCCAAGGGGGAAUCAAAUCAAGUCUUGCCUGGGCCUUGCCGCUGCUGCGUUGAGCUGUGUGCAGGCUCAGCUCUCAGCAGCCCUGAGAUCUCCUGCUCCCAUCAGUCAUGCUGUGCUGUCUUGGGCAGGAAAGUUUCCCUGUGAAGGAAGCUGCUGGCCUCAGGAGAAGCUGCCCUCAUGGCCAGGAGGCAGGAGAGCACAGACCUGGCUUGAGCUGGGCUGUGUCUCAGAGGAGCUCAGUCCUGCCCAGGAGGCACCUCCACAAGCAGGUGCAUGCAGCUGCCACAGGCUGGAACAGUGCUCUCUGGAGGAAGAGCAGGAGGGGGAGCCAGCCUCAUGCUGGCAGAAGGACAAGCUGCUUUCCUCUGGGGCACAGGAGAGGUGUGGUCCAGGCUGCAAGAUGGGGCUGUGCAGCCUCAGGUCCCUGCAGUUCAGAGGCUGGGCACUGGGGAUGGACCUUGUGGACCUCAGCUGCUGGACCUUGUGGACCUCAGCUGCUGGCUGUUUCUACCUCAAAAAACUUCAUUACACACUCCCCCUUGGCACUUGAAAACUUCCAUUCUUGUAGAGUCAUCUUGGUCCUUACAGAUUCUGCUGAAAGGGGAAGCAUUCUUUUUGAUGGAUUUCUCAGAUAAAAAUAAAGCGUCAAUGUGGCAAUAUUA